CUGACGUUACACAACAGCGCACACAGCUGAGCUGAGCUGAGCUGACAUGAGGAGGAGGAGCGACUUUGCAGCAUACAAGAGCCUUCCCCCGCAGUGAUGAAGCUUUCAUAAUCAGACAGGUCGCAGAUAUACAGGAGAGAGUCAGCACACAUCCACCCCGAUGGCUCCUGUGAAAGUGGUGAAUCCAGAUGAGGCGGAGCCUACUAAUAAUACCAAGAUCAACAUACUUAGUGGACUGGAGAGUAUCGCUUCUCUUUUGAGCACAGCAGAGGAAACCCCUGAACCAAUCUCUACCACAGUUCAAGGCAGUAUCCCAACCUGGAUCAAUGGUAACUUCCUUCGCAAUGGACCAGGGAAGUUUGAAUUCGGAAACACACACUACAACCACUGGUUUGAUGGGAUGGCCCUGCUCCACCAGUUUAAGAUCCAGAAGGGCCAGGUGACGUACAUGAGCCGCUUCCUGCAGAGCGACGCCUACAAGAAGAACAGCGAGGUGGACCGCAUCGUGAUGUCAGAGUUUGGUACCCUGGCGAUGCCUGAUCCGUGCAAAAACUUCUUCCAGAGGUUUCUCUCUCGCUUUGAGAUGAUGGAACCUACAGACAAUGCAAGCGUGAGCUUUGUGAAAUACAAGGGUGACUACUAUGUCAGCACAGAGACCAAUUUCAUGCACAAAGUGAACCCAGAAAACCUGGAAAUGGUGGAAAAGGUUGAUUGGAGCAAGUUCAUUGCUGUGAAUGGAGCCACUGCUCACCCACAUUAUGACCCAGACGGCACCGCUUACAAUAUGGGUAACUCCUACGGAAGCAAAGGAGCAAUGUACAACAUCAUCAGAGUACCCCCCGAGAAAACGGAAAGCAAUGAAACCCUGCAGGGCGCCAAAGUCCUUUGUUCAAUUGUUCCAGCAAACAAGUCCCAUCCCUCCUACUACCACAGCUUUGCUAUGUCCGAGAACUAUGUGAUUUUCAUCGAGCAGCCAAUUAAGAUGGACCUCCUGAAGAUAGUCACAUGCAAAAUAAGAGGAAAGGCUUUGAACAAGGGAAUAUAUUGGGAUCCAAAGCAGGAAACCGUCUUCCAUCUUGUUGACAAGCGCACAGGAGAGGUCACCCCCAUGAAGUACCACACCAAAGCCAUCUCCACCUUCCAUCAGAUCAACGCCUUCGAGGAGGACGGCUUCCUCAUGCUGGAUAUGUGCUGCGCAGAUGGCGGCCAAGCCAUCGGCAACUACCUUAUCCAGAAUUUACGCAAGUCAGGAGAGGCACUAGAUGAAGUGUAUAACACCACUGACAGGACUUUCCCUCGGCGGUUUGUUCUGCCCUUAAAUGUGACCGAUGACACGCCGACAGGCCAGAACCUGAACACCCGGCCUUCCAGCAGUGCGACAUGCGUCAAAAUCAGUGCCGACAAGGUGUUCUGCCAACACGAGGAUCUCCAUGGAGAUGACCUAUACAAGUACGGUGGCCUGGAGUUCCCUCAAAUCAACUACAGCAGAUUUAACACCAGACCGUAUCGUUACUUCUACGGCUGUGGCUUCAGACACAUGGUGGGAGACUCCCUGCUCAAGGUGGACUUGAAGGAUAAGACACUAAAGGUCUGGCAUCAGAAGGGUUUCUACCCAUCAGAGCCGGUGUUUGUGCCGUCGCCUGAUGCUGUGGAGGAGGACGAUGGAGUCAUCCUGUCGGUGGUCCUCACACCCUCACAGGAUAAGGGAACCUUUCUCCUCGUUUUGGAGGCAAAGACCUUUGAGGAGCUGGGAAGAGCCAAUGUGCCUGUUAACAUCCCUUAUGGCUUCCAUGGUGCCUUCUCUGCCUCUGCAUAAACCAGAGCCUGCUAUAAUAAGACAAUUAAAGUUGCUGAAUAUAUCACAGUUGGCCUAAGUUAGGUAUUAAGCAACAAAUAAACACCAUAUUCCUCAUGCUACCAAGUUACCGUUACAAUAUACGCUCACUUUAUUAGAUGCACCUUAUAGCACCCCUGUUUGCAUUCAGAACUGCUUUAAUUCUUCAUGGCAGAUGUUCAACAUGGUGUCUGAUACAUUCCUCAUGGAUCUGUGCCCAUAGUGACGUGAUGCUGACUGAACAUCCAUGAUGAAAAUCUUGUUAAAUGUAGCAGCUGAAAUCAAGACUCAUUGGAUGAGGCAACGUGUUGCUAUUUUAAUUUUUUUUUUUUUUCAUUUUAAUAAGCAGGUGUGAAUUGUUACCUCAGUUUUUUUCUGUUCUUAGCUGUCAGGAGUGGCACCCAUUGUGGUUUUCUGCUGCUGUAGCCCCUCUGCGUCAAGGUUCAAUUUGUGGUACGUUCAGAGAUGCUAUUUUUUUGUAUACCUUGGUUGUAAGAAGUAGCUAUUUGAGCUACUGUUGUCUUUCUAUCAUCUCAAACCAGUCCAAGCAUUCACCUGUGACCUCUGAGAUCAACAAGACCUUUUCAUCGUGACAACUAUCCAUCAGUGGAUCUUUUCCCUGUAGGGGACCCUUCGCUGUUAGUAAGGGAGAUGGUUGUGGGUGAAAAUAAGAGUAGAUUUGUAGUUUCUGAUGCAAGCCUUAACUGCCACCAAAAAGCCUAUGAUGUUCAGUCACUUAAAUCCCUUCCCUGCCUGCCCCCCCUCACUCGGGUCCCUUAUUUGAACUGCAGGAAGUUGUCCCACCUCAAGAUGCAUAAAUGUACCAAGUUGCUGCAAUGCCAUUGGCUGAUUCACCAUUUGUAUUAUAUAAGCAAUUGAAAAGGUGUACCUAACAAAGUGGUUUAUGAGUGUAUGUUUAAUGGGGCUCGAAAGGGCACAGGAUUUUGCAAUGCAUUGUGGGAUGCAGCCGCCAUUUUCCGGAGCAACUUGGUUUUUGUUUACAUUGCCGAUUCGGUUGCUUGCUGUGAGAGAUAGAGAGGCAAAGUGCCUAAAAAUGGACCACACUAAAAAGAUAAGCGAUGGAGUGUACCGAGACAAGCUAGAUGGCGUUCCGAAGGUUCGUUAUCGUGAAAAAGUCUCUAGUAUAUGUGGGAUUGAUUAAUAUGAACAUGAUAAAUGGACAGAAGGUUUACAUGACCUGCCACUGCCCACUCACAAGCUAAACUUGUUUUCUAUAUUAUUACAUGAAACAGCAUAGCAAGCUUUGAGAAACACACAUGCUCAUUACUAGUUUUAAAUGCCUUCAGUUAUAAUGAAAUAUCAUAGAUAACCUCCAUGUAGUGAGGACAAUUGAUGAUGUAAUGUCUAAAUUAAUCUCCUAUGCCGUGGAGGAUCUCCUUUUCUCCCACUGUUUUUUGUAGCCUCAGCUGGCUAGGCUAGCGCUAGCAGCCUGCUAAAAGCUCAACAAGCUUUGAUUCAAACUUGACAGUCUGAUAAUGCCCUGAACACAUACAUGUAUCGGGAUAUGGCGUUGAAAGGGAGCUUUGGUCAUCUCACGGCUGCAAUCCAGAGUCUAUUCUGCAUCUAUUUGUUAGUUCAGAGAUACGAGCUCCUUGGGUUUGAUUCCAUGCUGGUAAACCCUAAAAUCACAACUGAUUGUUGUUUUUCCCGAAGCGACCGUGUGAAUGAGUGCAACAGCUAAUGACACACGUUUGCACCAUGUUUUUUACUUUUUAAAACCAGAAAGCAACCUGGUGCUCGGGUUUCCCCAGAUGGAGUGUGGUUGUGACGUUGCCCUAUCAAGCCCCAAACAUUCACUUGUGUUACUGAUUAAAUGCAGAAAUCAUAUUUUCUGCUUUCUCUGAAAUUUUCCUCAUCAACAUAUAGACUGAAAUACAUGCUAAUCAUUAUAGUCUCCUUUUCUUUUCUUAUCAAGCAUGAACUCAAAAAGAUUUCCUUGACGACACACCACAGUAUUAUUAAACCUGUGUGCAUUACUAUGGAAUAAGCUGCCAAAGUCAUUUUUUUAAUAAUAUAACUACUUUACUAUUUUGUACUCUAAUAUUUGUAAAUCCUUUUAUAUUGCCUUUUGACAACGGUUUAAUUAAAUGUAACUUUUGUGAACUUCU